UACAUCCUCCUUUUAUUUUAGGUAUAGUAGAGUUUAUUCAUGGGCAUUCUUCAUUCUUUCGAGGCAAAUCUAAUUAUGAGGUGAAUUUUACGGUUUUUUGGCCUCGUAGUCCAAAGGAUUUUUAUGAUGUGUGAGAUCAUCGACACCUUGCCCUGGAGGAAAUGGCUUAUUAUCCUAAAGAUAAAAUGGAGUUUAAUCGAGUGGAUUAAUUCGUGCACCUCUUCGUCCUCCUCAGAUCCUUGGGGCAAGGCGAAGAAACCAAGGACGAUCACAAAGGUGGUCCUCAUCAGUAGAGUCAAGCAAUCUCAAAGAAAGCCACUUAGGUGGCUGUUCCACGACCAAGUAAUCCUCCAUUGGAUGCUCAUUGAUGAAGAAUUAAGCCUGAUUUGGAGGAUGUUUACCUUGGUUGCCACAUCGAGAUCCUCGGCUCCUUGCAUGGGGGGACAUUUGUCCCCUUGCAUGUCUACGUGCGGAGCUCACAGAUGAAAUUUGUUGUGGGGAUUUGGGAUGGAGGAACCAGCCAUCUAGUUGGUCCCUUGGAUUGCUACAAAGCUAGAUGGUGAUCCAGCACCAAAUUCAAUGGUGGUCUUCCUUCCAUGGACAUGCUUGGAUUAACAUUUUGUAAGGUCACCAAGGUUCAUGUGGAUCUGUGUAAUCUCAAAACAGUAUCAAAUCCUUCAAUGUAAAUGACAAGUGCCAUAUAUGUUCAUUUUCCCAAUCGACAUAUUUGAUGCUGAAUUCCCAAUCGACCUUGUUUAUUUUUGAAUGAGAUUUUUUUUAGC